UAUGUAUGUCUACUAAUGUCAGGCACCUUCGUUUUCUGUCCCUUCAAGCGCCAGCAGGUGUUUCCUGAUGGGAGUAGAAGUGAUGUCACACUGCUUGUGGACCUUAAGUCACCUGCAAGACAAAGUAUUCCUGAGGCCUCCCUGUUUAUCGCAAGCAACCGUGUGGAUACCAGGAGCGGCCUGUGCACCAGCGUGGGACACACUUUCAACCCCUUCAACAUGAAAACAGAGAGCUCCAGCUGUUCGCUACAAAACCAGUUGAGCUGUGUGGUGGGGGAAAUUUCUGUAAGGCAUGGCAGAGUCAGCCUGAGAAAGAGAGAACUUUACACUGACAGCAACAUCCAGCUGACAGGAGACCACACAGUUGUCUACAGGUCUUUUGUGUUGAAGAGUGAUAACAGCAUCAUUGGGUGUGCUGACAUCCUGCCAGAAUCCCAGUUCGCAGAGCAGAUCUUUCCCAUAGUGAGCUCCUUCAGCCGAUAUGAUUUCCGAAGGAGAGUCGCAAAUGUUCUGCUUGAAGAAAUGGUGAGCAUAACCAUCUUGCCCGGCUUUCCCCUCAUUUCAGGAGAGUGCCAAACGGUCAGCUACAUGGUGUCGGGAAAUGUCAGCACAGAACGGCUUGCGGCUGUCAGAAGCAGUAAGCUGAUGGGCCCAUUCAGAGAAACUAUCUUAUGUGGAAAAGCUUCUGCAAGACAGCUGAUGCAGCUGAAAAUCUUCUCUGUGUGUCUGAUGUGUGCUGCUGCCUUCCUGCUGCCAUCUGUGGCCUCUUUAUAAAACCAGGUUGUACCACCGCGAAUCAUCGCUGGAGACACAUGGAUCCUCCUGUUGUAAAACUUUGAAUAAUAAAUACCACCAGCCAGAUA